AUGGCUUCUCUUUUAACAGCUGUUUUUAAAGCGACUGUUGGUUUACUUGUGGAAAAAGGCCGCGAUGCUGCUGCCGAAAAGCUAAAGCAUGGAGAUAUUACUGAUCAAAAACUGCGAGACGUGAUUGUUCGAGAAAUCCAUGAUGUCAAAUCGAAGCUGGAUGGCCUGGCAAGGAAAGAUCUCCUGGCAGCAAUCGACUUCUUUGAAGAAGGAAUUACUUUAUUGUAUGAUCUGCCUCAAUUGAAAUACUUACCAGGGUACGAUGCUGAAGAUAAUGUGGUUUCUCUACCUCGGGCAAUGUCCAACUUGAAACUGACCCAAAGCAUGGAUGAAGCCUCAACAUCAACUCUUUCUAGAGCCAAGAAAAGGUUCGAAGAUUCUCGUAGGAAAGCAACAGAAGCGUUUAAUGACGAAGCAUUAAAACCUUCCGACCGCAUCGUGGCAAUGGGAUACCGAGUUAUGGCGACAGUGCUGGAAACAGUAGACAAUCCUAAAGCCGCUUUAUCAGCUUGCAGAUUGUGCAUUGAAAGAUUGCACUCACUACCAGCGGUUCAAAAUUGUUUUUCCGUCGAACUUAAGAAGGGUCUUCGUGGCUGGUUCAGCAAAGAUGAACGCAGAGAAAUC